GUCACUUCAGGUGGAACAUUCAUUGGCAUUGGACGGAAAACGCCAGAUUGCCAAGGAAACACCAAGUAUUUCCGCUGUAAAUUCUGCAACUUCACUUAUAUGGGCAACUCAUCAACCGAACUAGAACAACAUUUUCUUCAGACUCACCCGAACAAAAUAAAAUCUUCUCUCCCUUCCUCUGAGGGUUCAAAGUCUUCAGAGAAAAACUCGAACAAAUCCAUCCCUGCACUUCGAUCCAGUGAUUCUGGAGACCUGGGGAAAUGGCAGGACAAGAUAACAGUCAAGACGGGAGAUGACACUCCUGUCGGCUACUCAGUGCCCAUCAAGCCCCUCGAUUCCUCCAGACAAAAUGGUACGGAGGCCACCAGUUAUUACUGGUGUAAAUUUUGCAGUUUCAGCUGUGAGUCAUCUAGCUCCCUGAAACUGCUGGAACAUUACAGCAAGCAGCAUGGAGCGGUGCAGUCAGGUGGCCUUAACCCAGAGUUGAACGACAAGCUUGUCAGGGGCUCUGUCAUUAAUCAGAAUGACCUAGCCAAAAGUACAGAAGGAGAGACUGUGACCAAGGCAGACAAGAGCUCUGGUGGGACAAAGAAGAAGGACUUCUCCAGCAAGGGCGCCGAGGACAACAUGGUUACCAGCUACAACUGUCAGUUCUGCGACUUCCGAUAUUCCAAAAGCCAUGGCCCUGAUGUCAUUGUGGUGGGGCCACUUCUCCGUCACUAUCAGCAGCUCCAUAACAUUCACAAGUGUACCAUUAAACACUGUCCAUUCUGUCCUAGAGGACUUUGCAGCCCAGAAAAGCACCUUGGAGAAAUUACUUACCCAUUUGCUUGUAGAAAGAGUAAUUGUUCCCACUGUGCGCUCUUGCUUCUGCACUUGUCUCCUGGGGCGGCCGGGAGCUCACGUGUCAAGCAUCAGUGCCACCAGUGUUCCUUCACCACCCCUGACGUAGAUGUGCUCCUAUUCCAUUAUGAGAGUGUGCAUGAGGCCCAAGCGUCAGACGUCAAGCAGGAAGCAAAUCAUCUGCAAGGAUCGGACGGGCAGCCCGCCGUCAAGGAAAGCAAAGAACAUUCAUGCACCAAAUGUGAUUUCAUUACCCAGGUGGAGGAAGAGAUUUCCCGACACUACAGGAGAGCGCACAGCUGCUACAAAUGCCGUCAGUGCAGCUUCACGGCGGCCGACACGCAAUCGCUACUGGAGCACUUCAACACCGUCCACUGCCGGGACCAGGACAGCGCCACGGCCAACGGCGACGAGGACGCUCAUGCUGGGUCUGCCAUCAAGGAGGAGCCCAAGAUGGACCUCAAGGUCUACAGUCUGCUCAACCCAGACUCUAAAAUGGGAGAACCAGCUUCCGAGAGCGUGGUGAAGAGAGAGAAGCUGGAGGACAAGGACGGGCUCAAGGACAAGGUGUGGACGGAGAGUUCCAAUGAUGACCUUCGCAACGUGACGUGGAGAGGGGCCGACAUCCUGCGGGGCAGUCCGUCCUACACUCCAGCCAGCCUGGGGCUGCUGUCGCCGGUGUCCGGCACCCAGGAACAGACCAAGACUCUGAGGGAUAGCCCCAAUGUAGAAGCUGCCCACCUGGCACGACCUAUUUAUGGCUUGGCUGUGGAAACCAAGGGAUUCCUGCAAGGAGUGACUGCCGGUGGAGAGAAGGCGGGGGCCCUCACCCAGCAGUAUCCUGCCUCGGGAGAGAGCAAGUCCAAGGAUGAAUCCCAGUCUCUGUUACGGGUAGGAAGGUUUAAUUUUUACAUCAUUCAUUCAACUUGA